AUGUCGGACAAAGAAGACCCCAUUCCAGUUCAGAUAAUAGCUAAAUCAGAUAUCGAAUCUACUCCAUCAGAAAAUAAGAAACCUAAAUUCUACCAUUUGGAUCAAUCACCCUCCUCCUCUUCUUCAUCAUCAUCAUCAUCUUCUUCUUCCAAGGUAGAGGGGAAUGGCGAGAAAGGCGCCACUGAUGUAGAGAUGUCUUCACCCGAAUCUUCACCUUUUCCGAUAACUCCUGAAGUUAUCGUCCAACCUCCCACUUCUACUUCUCCAAUUCAUCAAAUCUCGACUGACGCCGCUUACACUCAGCACGAGAACGAGGAUGGAAUCCAAGAGGAUGGAUCUACACAAAGAGUGAAUCAAGACCAAUACGCGAGAGAAGGGUCGGAGGGAGAUCAACAGGAAGAUGAAAAUGAAAAUACAUUAGAAGCGAUACCAUUGACAGAUGAUCUUGAGAAAAACGAAGAAUGGUGGGAAUUGAAAAUGACUUGGAAAGGAAACCACUAUGAUUUGAGAGUCGGAGGUAAUGACAUGGUCUACGAUUUUAGGCAUCGCAUCUCGUCUUUAACAGGGGUGUCACCAGAAGGACAGAAACUUAUAAACCUGUUACCUGGAUCAAAAGGUAAAUUAAGUGUUGAACAUGAUGCUACACGAUUCGGUACUUUGGGAAUCAAGAAAGGCGCUAAAUUCGUCAUGGUCGGUACGAGAGAAGAAGAGAGGUUUAAAGAUCAAUCUGGUGUUGGAAUUGAGGUUGUCGACGACUUCGAUGUCACAUACUCAAAUAAGGCUAAAGGUAUCUCACCGGCUGAUGACCCUAGGAAUAAGAGACAAGUAGAAGAAAUAGUAAAGAAAAUUCCUAUCACUAUCAUGAAUGAACCUAGAGAAGGCAAGAAGUUACUCGUAUUAGAUUUAGAUUAUACUAUAGUAGACACUAAACCACUUAUAAGCGGUGCACUUCCUUCAUCAGAAUGUGCUAGACCGAACUUGCACGAAUUUUUGGAAUAUGUUUAUCCACAUUAUGAUAUAGUGAUUUGGUCACAGACAAGUUGGAGAUGGUUAGAAUCUAAAUUAGUUGAGUUAGAUAUGAUUGGUGGUGAUAGAAACUACAAAUUAUCUUUUGUAUCUGAUAAAAAUACCAUGUUCCCUGUAUGGACGACCAAAAAUGAUAAACCAUACAAACACGAGGUAAAACCUCUAGCUUACUUCUGGGCUUCUUUCCCUCAUUGGUCAGCUAAAAAUACCAUCCACAUUGAUGAUCUGUCAAGGAACUUUGCCCUGAAUCCCGGUGAAGGUCUCAAAAUUCGAGCAUUCACUAAAGCUGGACAACCUGAAGGUUUAGCGGAUAGGGAAUUGGUCAAAUUAGGUAACUACCUCGUCAACAUCGCCAAUGCUACGGACGAUUUUACCAAUUUAGACCAUUCUAAAUGGAAAAAGCACCCUCCUGGACCUUAG